CACGAAACGAAACUUUUUUCAUUCUGCAGUGAGUUAACGGAGAGCACAGAAAAGACAUGGCCUACCAGCAACCAACCCAAGUGGUGAUGCAGACUACCAACUACCAAUACACAUCGGCAUGGAGCACUGGCCUUUGCGACUGCUGUAGCGAUAUGAGCACCUGUUGCUGCGCUCUUUUUUGUUUCCCCUGCAUGCAGUGUCAGACGGCCAAUGAUAACGGCUGGUGCUGCUGCCUGCCGCUCCUGGACGUCUGCUGUGUGGUGUCCUGCCUUCUCCGCUCCUCCAUUAGAGAGAAACAUGGCAUCCAUGGAGGCUGCUGCGAUGACUGCUGUGAGUUACUUUGGUGCUACCCGUGCGUGUGGUGUCAGAUGAAUCGAGAGCAGAAGAUCAGGGCCAGACAGCCGGCCAUGGCAUCAGUGGUCACCACGCAGGUCAUUAGGGCCUAGGACACAACUAUGCUGGUCACGGGCGUCGAAGUGGGAAGAGAAAUUGGAAUGGUGUACCAGGGCCCCAAGCAGGGGGGGGGGGCUUUUGAUUAAAUAUAUCAGUAAAUAUAUAUGCUAUUUGUAACUAUUGCAGCAGCCUACUCAUUUUUAAACAUGCUUAGCAGUUAUUAUUGAUGAUAUUGAGCCUGCUGCUGGUAGUCCGUUUAGAACAUUUAGAAUACAGAAUAGAAUAGAAAGUCUGUGUCAUUGUACAAAGCACAACGAAAUUGAGAUGCCGUCUUUAAAGUGCAGAAACAAAAAUAAAUAAAUAAUUACCAUUAUUUAACGCAGUUUAGUGCAUUUAUGGCUUUAGCGUAAAAACUGUUUUGUGCGUACCCUCCAUGUCCUGUAGCGUUUGCCUGAGGGCAGCAGCUCAAAGAGCGAGUAUCCUGGGUGAGAUGGGUCCCUGCAAAAUACGUGUUUUGUUAAUUAUGGAUUGUGAAUACUGGCUACUUUUAUACAUCAUUUCAUGUUCUAACAGUUAUGUUACUGUACUUUGAUUCUGGCUAAUAAAAUGCUGUUUCAACAA